UCCAAGUCGACACUGGUUUGUCUUGGCCACCGACCUCAUCAAUCAACACAUCUUCCAUCCCAGCAUGUCAAACGACCUCCUCAAGGCGUUCGACGCGCUGCUGGAAAAGACGGUCACGAGCAGCCGUCUCUCCGGCAGCAAGGUCAAGGAUCUUCAGGAACUAGCCCUCAAGGCAGUGGCCCAUGAUCACCACCUGGUAACAUCGUUGCUAAAGCUCAACACUUCUCUGCCUCCAGCGAGCACCGCGCGUAUCAGCUCGCUUUAUGUCUUUGACGCGAUCGCGCGCGCCGCAAAGGCUGCAUCCAAGGGAACUCACACAUCAGUAUCAACAGAGCGUGGUCGCGGGAAUCCUGCCAGUCUUCUCGCCAAAAUGGAGGGUGUUGUUGACGAGUGGAUCCAGGGCAUGGUCGACGAUGGCAAAGGCGGUGUCUGGUCAGAUGGCAGGGACAAGACUCGCAAAGUUGUUGAGAUUUGGAGGAAAGGCUCGACCUUCCCCGACUCUUGUGUCACACGCUCCACGACACCUGUUGAACCACCACCGUUCCACCUCAUCGAGAGAUACGCGCGCACCAUGGGCGGCACGCCUGAAUCGCGUUCCCCUGCACCUCAGCAGCAGCAGGGGCAGCUUCCCCCAGAGAUCAUGGCCAUGCUGGGUGUCAAGGACAAGGACCCCCAGCCACAGUCCGCCCCAGUAUCGAGGCAGUCCAACCCGGCGCUCGACGCCGUGCUGGCCAAUGUCAGGAAACCGUCUGCCCCCAACCUCGAUACCGCGAGUCUCGCAGCCCUCGCUAACCUGGGUGCCACACUCGGGCAGCAGGCACCACACGCUCAGUAUUCCCAUGCGUCUGGGCCUGCGCAGUCGCUACCACCUCGCCCCAACGUCGUGACGGCCGAAAACGGCAGCGUUCGCGUUCUCCCGAGCGUCGGCGGGACCGGGACCCACGAGAGUGGGACGACCGCCGCGGUCCUCGGGACCCGCGUGAUCUGCGCGACCACGAUCCACGACGCGGGAGUUGGGAUCGUGAUGCACACGACCGCGACCGCGACCGCGCCCGCGCCCCUCCAAGGGACUACAGGGACGAUCGCGAUCCGAGAGGUCCGCAGCAACGGGAAUACCCACCUCGCGAACAUCGUGGGGAUCCCCGCGACCGUGAGCGUGAGCACAGCGAUUACGGACGUGAUCGAGACUUGGGCUCCCGCGAUCGUGAAGCGCAUGAUCCGCGUGACGCGCCGCGUGGCCGUGACCCACGACAGCGCGAUUUCCAACCCGACCUUCGAGGGCCCCGCGACCCCCGUGGCGGCGACGCCCGUCACGGACACCGCGAUCAUUCCCACGACCGCCCCGGCAGCCAGGAGGCGCGAGGCACGCUACCUCCCAAACCCGACGGACUACCGCCUCGCCCCACACCACCUAGCUCCAACACUUCACUGCCUCGCUCGCUGUCCCGCGACAUGCCUCAUGAGCGAGACGAGCCUUCGCGCACCCCCUGGCGCUGGCUUGGGCCGGAGCGGCGGGGCGACGCUCGAAACGUUUGACUGGGCGUCAUUCAACCCCGGUGACGGGGGGAGUUGGGCAUCGCUUGGCGAGGCGUGGCGUGCGUCGACGGGGCGCGAGCCGAACCAGAUGGAGCUCAUGCAGUUCAUGGUCGCGCAGAUGAGCGGCAUGGGCGGCGCCGGCACCGGCGCUGGCGGCCCUGAAAUGGGCGGUGGGGCUGUGGGUGGCGGUGGCAUGGGCGGCGGGCCCAUGGCCGGAGCAAUGGGAGGAGCUAUGGGUGGUGCCAUGCCUGGCAGUAUGGGCGGCGUGAACGGCAUGGGCAUGGGUGGCAUGAGCAUGGGUGGCAUGGGUAUGGGCAUGGGCAUGGGUGGCUUCCAUUAG